CGCUGGUUCGCCCGUUGUUGGUUGCUCUUCCCAAUGUCCGCCCGCAUAACCAACCUUGAAUACAACAGGCCUUGAUAAUGAACUUCCGUCCUCUUGUUGAUCUGCCUCGUGAUAAUCACGACUUUAUACAUUUCGCUAUCCAAUUUAUUGAGAAAAGGCUCGCAUACUGAGCUAUCGGUUGACUACGCUGCGCUAGACCUACACCGGUGAUUGCCCAGGUGCAAUAGAAAUCCAAGCCCCGCCACCCUUCAGUCGCCUCGGACAUACCAACAUUUUGAGCGUCGCCACAACUACAAUCGAUACUUCAACACAUACCGCAAACAUGCAGAGCAUUCGCAACGCCAUCAAGAGGAAGCUUUCGCUACACGACAAGAACCCCCCCUUCGACACUGCCCAGGACGAGGAUGAUGUCGACGAUGAGACCCGUGGUCACCUAGAGAAGGAGACCGAACGUGCCGAAACCGAAGGCCACCCCCACGGCAAGCCGGGUAGCUUCCUCAACAAGCUGAUUAUGCACGGCAACAAGAAGACUGAAGAUGAGAUCGCGCGGGAUGCAGAGGCUCGUGAAGCUGCGCGGAGGCGUGCGGCAACGGGCGACGGAGUGUUGGUAGAGACAGGCGCCGGUACCGCCGGAAAAGAGAAUGUACAGCCUUAAAACAACUUGAACGGCGAUGUCGACGAUUCGAGAGGGUGUCCUUGACAAGAAAAAGUAGCUCUGCUAGGAUCGGGUUCCUUGAGCGCACACGCAAAGAAUAUCCGUCUGUUGCGAAGAUCAGGUGGAACUCCGACAUGGCGAAAGGAGCCAGUUGGCAGAGACAACGCGACAAGCCCGAAUGCCCAAAGAUAUUUUGAUCAAUCAGGUCGAAUCAGUGCUCGACCACGGGAGUAAAAAACCGUUUGAGUCAGCCUAGAUGGCAACGUGACAUACAUAAUGAGGCAAUACACAGAACCUUGAAUGAGUGAAUGUGAGCUAAAUCAACGAGAUCUGAUCAACUCUUCGAAUUAUCUAGUCAAGAGGUAGAAUGCAAGGGCUUGGAAAAGAGUCGAAAGGCGGAAUAUCGUACAGAGUUCUAGAUAAAUACAGAACAAAGGGUGAGAUGGUACAUGUUGUGACACUUGAAAUACCCCUG